AUGCCCAUUUCAAAGACGUCACCUCUUUUGCCCCCAAAUUUGCCUCCGACUUUGCUCGAUUUCCUCCCCACCAACCCCCGCAACGCGGGACUAUCUUCCUAUGAGCCUCAACCCACGGUUCACCAGUUCCUGACCACCGACAUGGCAAAUUUGCACUGCUUGGAUGAUGAGGAUUAUCCUCCAGAUCUGAGCGAGGAUCGUCUGUUCUCCCUGGUAUCACAGAUCAAGGACUGGCAAAUCAACCACGGCUCGCUACUGAAGCAACUCGAUUCGGAGACAGAGAAUAGCGUUCUCUCUUAUCCUGUUGGUGUUAGCUGUUUUCCUUCCCCCUUGCCUCGGGCACGGUUUGAGCAGGCAUUAGAACUGCAAGAAAUCUACAACAAGCUAUACUGUUCUAUUGCCGAAGAUGAAGAAUGGAUUUACGACACAAUCAAGGACAUUAUUACCGUUGAGCCUCUUGCCAACGCUCUCUGGGGAAUUUACAAGGCCGCGCAGGAUGCAGGAUAUGUACAAGACAUCUCUGCCGGCAUCUUUCGCUCUGAUUAUAUGUUCCAUCUGACGGAGGCAGCUUCAGUUGAUCGAUGGGGGGACCUGUCGAAGACAACAUUGAAGCAAGUCGAGUUCAACUCAUAUUCAUGCUCUGGCUUUUCGCAUGCGAACAAAGCUGCCAAUAUGCACCGGCAUCUCGCAAGAAUCGGGGUGUAUGACAUGAAUGACAAGCCAUUUCCUGUCGACUCACUGCCAGGAAACCAUAAUAUCGAUUCGGUCUCCUCGAUUCUUGCGUUGGCACACAAGAAAUAUGGUCCGCCAAGGAGCAAGCUGGCGAGUAAGACAGCGGUCUUAUUCAUUGUUCAGCCUUACAAUUUCAACAUCGCAGAUGAGCGACCGAUUGAGUACGCCCUCUGGAAUCGAGAUGAUAUUGUUCCAAAUUACCGGCUUGAUUUCCCAGACAUACUCGAGUAUACUCAGCUCACAGAAGAACGGGCAUUACUCUUCCACCCACCGUGGCUCGCAUCGGAGAAACCAGUGGAGAUAUCAGUGGUUUAUCAAAGAGCUGGCUAUGAAGCGCAUGAGUACAACAAAACCGGCUGGGAUGCCCGCUUACAGUUAGAGAAAUCCACUGCAAUUAAAUGUCCCUCGGUGCUGGGACAUUUGACUACCUUCAAGAAAGUCCAACAGGCUUUGACGGAGUCAGGGGCAUUGGAGCGAUUUCUAUCUCCCUCCGAAGUCGCCAGAAUUCGAGAGACGUUUGUUCCGGUCCAUCCUUUGAAUGAAUCCACAGAAGGUCUGGAAGCUCGGCGGAUAGCCUGCGAUCCUAAACGGUCGACCAAUUAUAUUCUCAAACCAUCCCUCGAGGGGGGUGGCAACAAUGUAUACGGGAAUGCGAUUCCGGCAUUUUUAAAGUCAACUCCGAUCGCACAUUGGUCAAGGUAUAUUCUUAUGGAGAAGAUCCACCCCCCGGACGCGGACAAUCUCCUGGUGGGAUCCGCAUGUCUCGACGGUGGAAAGACAGUCUCCGAACUAGGCGUGUUGGGAUGCUGUUUGUGGCAGCGAACAACGGCCAAGAAGUCUGGCACUCGGUGUGACAUGCUCCAGAAUUCGGUUGGGGGCUGGACAUUCAAGACCAAAUUCGCCGAAAUCGACGAGAUGAGCGUAGUGAAAGGAUAUGGAUGUUUUGAUACGCCACGUCUAGUUGAUUUCUAA